CAUAGCUAUAAUAGCGAUGCUCAAAGCUCAGCCACAUUAAUCGCUAGCUAGGUGGCUGAGAGUAACCAAACAACGUAAACAGAUCAGCAUUAUUCCCCAUUCCUUCACCUAAUUGAUUGAUUAGUCGUGCUGAUAUUUGACGAUUCAUUCAUUGCUGCCGCCAGCUCCUGCUAUGGAUAAUCUAAUAUCGUUGGUGAACAAGAUACAAAGAGCAUGUACAGCGUUAGGUGACCAUGGCGAAGAGAGUGCCUUGCCUACUCUUUGGGAAGCGCUGCCAGCCAUUGCCGUCGUUGGUGGCCAGAGUUCUGGAAAGUCAUCAGUGUUGGAAAGCAUUGUUGGAAAAGAUUUUUUACCUCGUGGAGCAGGUAAUUCUGGUUAUGAAGUGCAAUUUUCAUCAUGGGGAAGCGUUGUUAAUGUGCUUGCUUCAAAUGCAGGGAUCGUUACUCGACGACCCCUUGUGUUGCAGCUUCAUAAGAUUGACGAAACAAGAGAAUAUGCAGAGUUUAUGCACCUUCCAAGAAAGAGAUUCACUGACUUCGCUGUUGUUAGGCAGGAGAUUUCUGAUGAGACCGAUCGGGAGACAGGUCGCUCCAAGCAAAUCUCCACAGUUCCGAUUCAUCUCAGCAUUUUCUCUCCAAAUGUUGUGAACUUGACAUUGGUUGAUCUUCCUGGACUGACGAAAGUGGCUGUAGAGGGUCAACCUGAGAGUAUUGUGCAGGACAUAGAGAACAUGGUUCGGUCCUAUAUCGAAAAGCGAGUAUGUAUAUUUGCAUUGCAGCCAAAUUGUAUAAUUUUGGCCAUUUCCCCUGCUAAUCAAGAUCUUGCUACAUCUGAUGCAAUAAAGAUUUCUCGUGAAGUUGACCCUAGAGGGGAGAGGACAUUUGGGGUAUUGACCAAGAUUGAUCUUAUGGACCAAGGUACCAAUGCAGUUGAUAUCCUGGAAGGAAGAUCAUAUAAGCUUCAGUUUCCAUGGAUCGGCGUUGUGAACCGCUCCCAAGCUGACAUCAACAAAAGUGUGGACAUGAUUGCUGCUCGGCGCAGAGAGCGUGAAUAUUUCCAGAGCAGCCCAGAAUACAGACAUCUAGCUCAAAGGAUGGGUUCGGAGCAUUUAGGGACGAUGCUCUCAAAGCAUCUGGAACAAGUCAUCAAGUCACGAAUUCCUGGGCUCCAAUCUCUUAUCAACAAAACCAUCAUCGAGUUAGAGGCAGAGUUGAGUCGUCUUGGAAGACCUGUCGCUACCGAUGCUGGUGGGAAGUUAUAUAUGGUGAUGGAAAUUUGUCGAGCUUUUGAUCAAAUAUUCAAAGAACAUCUUGAUGGCUCACGUUCAGGCGGUGAAAAAAUCUAUCAAGUAUUUGAUAAUCAGCUUCCUAGUGCUUUAAAGAGGCUGCACUUCGACAAACAACUGUCGCUAGACAAUGUGCGAAAGCUCAUCACUGAAGCAGAUGGAUACCAGCCGCAUCUAAUAGCUCCCGAGCAAGGCUAUCGUCGUCUUAUUGAGUCCAGUUUGGUAACCAUCAAAGUUCCUGCUGAGGCAGUUGUUGAUACGGUUCAUGGUAUACUCAAGGACAUGGUUCAUAAGUCUAUUAACGAAACCCAGGAACUGAAACAAUACCCUACCUUAAAAGUGGAAGUCAGCAACGCCGCCAUCGAAUCUCUAGAGAGGAUGAAGGAAGAAAGCAGAAGAGCAACUCUCCAGCUAGUUGACAUGGAAUGUUGUUACUUGACCGUUGAUUUCUUUCGGAAGCUACCGCAAGACAUUGAGAAGGGCGGAAAUCCUACGCAUUCCAUCUUUGAUCGCUACAAUGAUGCUUACCUCAGACGUGUUGGGAGCAACAUAUUGCAAUAUGUGAACUUGGUUUGUGCAAGCUUAAGGAACUCCAUUCCCAAGUCAGUUGUGUACUGUCAAGUAAGGGAAGCCAAGCGAAGUUUACUUGAUCAUUUCUUCGCGGAGUUGGGUAAGAGGGAGACGAGACAAAUGAGCUCUUUGCUGGAUGAAGAUCCGGCAGUGAUGCAACGACGAACCUCCAUUGCAAAGAGGCUAGAAUUGUACAGGAGUGCUCAAGUAGAGAUCGAUGCAGUUGCUUGGUCUAGAUAGAUAGACACACAGAUAUUGAUUAAGGCAUAAUAUUGUUUGGACCUGUUCACAGGACUUUUUUAGGGACUGUCGGUUCGACUUGUUUUGUUGGGAUUUGGAAAACAUCUCUUGUCAUCUUAGGUGACAAAAGAUCGUCUAAUGUCAAUUUAUUCACAUAUUUUCGUGUUCAUUCACGCCAUUUGGUGUGUAUUCACGUAGUACUAUGUUUAUUCACGUAAGAGUGUAAGUUAUUCACGUAAAUGAAAAUUCAG